AUGUGCAACAGAUGUUAGCUCAGGGCGAAUCUUCCUUAGCAAAAUAGAAAAAAAAGAAUUAGUGGUUCUGAUGUCCCCCACUUUCCAGCACUUCUCUCCCCUCUGAGAUUCUCCUCUCUGGCAAAUCUUCCUGAGAAGCAAAUACAGAAAAGGGGGAGGAAGUGGCAAACUACAGCUCACAGGCCAUAUCUACCUUGUCGCCAAUUUUUGAAUGGCCCACAAGAUAAGACUGUUUUCUAGAUAUUUAAGUGGCUGAAAAAAAAUUAUUACAUGUGAAAUUAUAUGAAAUUUAAAGGUCAGCGUCAAUAAAUUAGUUUUACUGAAACAUAGCCAUGCUCAUUUGUUUACAUAUCAUCUAUGGCUGUUUUCAUGUUACAAGAGCACAGCCGAGUAGUUGCAAUAAAGACCAUCUGGCCCACAAAGCCUAUAAUAUUUACUAUGUGGCCCUUUCCAGACAAAGGGCUGACCCCUAGUUUAGGAGAACACUGGCCCCAAGAGCAUGUUUCACCUGAAAUAGCUUCACCCACAACCCUCUCUUUUCUCUGUGGCAACAGCAGCUCCUGCAGGAAAUUAGUCUUCACCCAACCAAGUCCACCUCCUCUGCAUUCCCACAGGCUCAGCCACACCUUAAAAAGCUCAUUCCUCUGACGAAGCAUGAUAACCUGGCCCAAAUCAGGCAUCCAGAGGAAACACAGCCACAGUAUGGAUACUGCCACUACAGCCCUCUGGGUAGCUCUCAGAAGAAAACACACAGCCUAAUAAUGGUUGAAUUUGGAAUUAUGUGAUUUAUCAUUUGCCAAUAGUUGCUACCAUUCCUCCCAAAUCCUGAUGAUCAUAUUGCACAAGUUUGAAGUCUGUGUAACUUCACCCAGCUUCAGUGAUACUGGUGUUAGACAUUCAAAAUGCACGGCGUGUAGAGCAAGGUCCUUAGGGAUAAGCAGAAAGUCACUUGUUGAUUCUCAGUGCUAAGACUCAGUUUAUAUUCAAGUGAAAUCAUGUCCUCUGAGGUGAGGAUGGCAAGAGAGAGGGCAGACCCUAGUCUUACCGUGAAAAAGCAGAACUUGGUCAGUGAAGAGCGCUGAGGUUAUGACCUCUGCUCCUCUUUCAGUUCAAUUUGACAAACAUUUAUCGGGGACCUUUAUGUGCCAAGCAAUGUGCUGAGUGUCUAGAUGACACAGGGAUUAAUAAUGCCCAUUCCUUAUUCUCAAGGAGCUCAGACUCUAGAAGUGAUAUAGGCACACAGGCAAAUAUAUAUCUGUAUGUGUAUGUGUAUGAAAGAAUAUACACAAAAUAAUUAACAGGAGCUAUUUCUGGGUAGUAGCAUUACAGGUAUUUUCAUUUUCUUUGCUUAUCUAUAUUUUCUAAUUUUUUAUAUUAAACAUUAUAUAGUAAGGCAAUUUUCAAAAAUUAUAAUAUAGUAUGAUUGAUAUUACAAUAAAAUUAUGAAUAAGGUACAUAAUUAUAACUCUGUCUAGAGUAAUUCAAGAAAGAUUUCCUAGUGGAUGUCUAAGGUGGAUUUUGAAGAAUGAAUAGGAGUUAACUAGGCAGAUAAUGAGGAAAGAUAUUCCAAGAAAAAAUACGAAGUAGUAUGGUAUAUUCAGAAAGGUUUAAGUCGUUAAUUACAGGUGGAGCUUAAAGACGAAUAGAGAGAGAGGAGAUGGGGCUGGAGGGAAGCCACUGGAUACCAUGGUAAAGAGCAUGGAUUUCUUCCCAAGGUUGUAUAGUGGUUGAAGUGAAAGCUACAUUGAUGAAUGGCCGCUAAGGUCUGGUAAAUAGAGUUAGGUAAAGAGACAACAGGGCCUCUGCAGCCAUGAUCCAUUCCAAGAGGUAGUAAUAAUCAUGGGUGACACUUUGGCUGGAUAAGGAAAAUUGGCUAACAAGGAAGAGUUUGACUAGGUCAUCUUUAAGGUUCCUUUUAAAAAUCACAUUCCAUAAUUCUUUGACAUUUGGUCCCUAAUGUCCCUGCACACACUUCAUUCAACUUCUUAAAGUCCACAUAAUUUGUUAUCAAGGCAUUAUGCUAGAUACCUUGUUGAAUUUGCAAAGAGGUCUUUCUGUAGUAUUUAGAGACUCUGGCAGGUGGGGCUGAUACUCGCCCAGAUUUGGGAACUGCUAAUGCAAUAGCCGGCCAACAUGAGAGGAAGUGAGAAGGUAAACACCUGGGAGGUGGAGAUGGAGGUGGAGCUGUGCUUGUUUGGGAGUGAAUUAGGAAAUCUGAAAGAGAGCAGCUCCUCCCUAAGAUGGACCAUUAUUCCCUCUAUAAAAAGGCCACUAUCCCCAACUAGCAGCACCCUGUAAGCUGCUUCAGUCUCCAUCCUACUUGUGCCUCUGGUGAACUAGGUUAAUCAAAUUUACAAAAAGAUGCCUGAACUCCUGCAAAGCAUUGUCACUGUCAUCGAUAUUUUCUACCAAUAUGCCACCCAGGAUGAGGAGUGUGCCAGGCUGAACAAGGCAGAACUGAAAGAACUUUUGGAAAAUGAGUUUCAUCAAAUUCUGAAGAAUCCAGAUGAUCCAGACACUGUGGAUAUCAUCAUGCAAAGUCUGGAUCGAGAUCAUAACAGGAAAGUGGAUUUUACUGAAUAUCUUCUGAUGAUAUUCAGGCUGGCUCAGGCUUGUAAUAAAAUCAUCAGCAAAGAUUACUGCCAAGCUUCAGGAUCAAAGCAAAGAGACUACAGUCACUGGCACCAAGAGGAACAGAGUGAAACAGAAGAGGAGGACAAAGGGCAAGAAUCAUCUUCCAGUUAUUCAAGUUGGAGUGCAGGAGAAAAUGAUUCUAGUUCCAGGGGCUCUAGAGGAAGCAUUAAACACAGGUCUGGAUCAGGACAAUCUUCUAACCAUGGUCACCAAGAAUCUGGAUCUGGAGAGUCUUCUAGCUGUGGACAAUAUGGUUCUGGCUCCAGUCAUUCUUCUAGGCAAAAACACUAUGAAUCCAACUCAGGUGGUCAUUCAGGGAGUUGUGGAAGACAAAACCAUGGCUCCGGAUCAGACCAAUCCUCUAAUUAUGGAAAAUAUGGGUCUGGCUAUAAUCAAUCUUCUGGUCAGAAAUACCAUGAGUCUAGCUUAGGAUCCAAUUUAGGUGAGUCAUCAAGCAGUGGAAAACAUGGAUCCGGGUCUGGUCAGUCUUCAGGCUUUACUCAACACGAGUCUACAUCAGGACAGACCUCCAGCUAUGGAAAACAUGGUUCAGGCUCAGGUCAGUCUUCAAGGGAUGGCCAAUAUGGAUCUGGAUCAGGUCAAUCUUCUGGCUUUGGGCAAGAUGGUUCUAGCUCAAGAGAAUCUUCUGGCUUUGGUCAGCAUGGAUCUAGCUUAGGUCAGUCAUCAACCCACGGACAACACGAAUCUGAAUAUGGUUCUAGCUAUGAAAAAUAUGGUUCUACUUCAGGUCAGUCCUCUGGCUUUGGACAACAAAGGUCUGGAUCAGGUCAGUCUAGCUAUAGCCAACACAGAUCAGGUUUAGGACAGUCUUCUAGCUAUAGCCAACAUGGGUCUGGAUCAGGUCAAUCUUCCAGCUACAGUCAACAUGGGUCUGGUUCAAGUCAGUUUUCUAGCCACAACCAACAUGGGUCUGGCUCAGAUCAGUCUUCUGGGUUUGAUCAGCAUAGAUCUGGCAUAGGUCAAUCAUCAAGGUGUGGACAGCAUGAAUCUAGAUAUAGUCAAACUUCUAGCCAAGGAAAACAUGGUUCUGCUUCAGGUCAGUCCUCCAGUUUUGGACAACAAGGGUCUGGAUUAAGUCAUUCUAGCUAUGGCCAACACAUAUCUGGCUCAGGUCAGUCUUCUGGCUUUAGUCAACGAGAGUCUGGCUCCAGAGAGUCUUGUGGCUUUAGUCAGCAUGGAUCUGGCUUAGGUCAAUCCUCUAGCUAUGAACAAUCAGGACAGUCAUCAAGCUAUAACCAACAUGGACCUAGAUCAGGUCAGUCUUCUAGCUAUGGAACUGGUUCAAGGCAGUCGUCUAGCUAUCACCAACAUAGGUCUGGAUCAGGCCAAUCUUUUAGCCACAGCCGACAUGGGUCCGGAUCAAGUCAGUCUUCUAGCCACAGCCAACAUGGGUCUGGCUCAGGUCAGUCUUCUAGUUUUGGUCAUGAUGGGUCUGCAUCAGGUCAGUCUUCUGGCUUUGGUGAGCAUGGAUCUGGUUUAGGUCAAUCCUCAAGCUGUGGACAGCGUGAGUCUGGAUAUGGUCAAUCUUCUAGCCAUGGAAAACAUGGUUCUGCAUCAGGUCAGUCCUCUGGCUUUGGACAACAAAGAUCUGGGUCAGGUCAGUCUAGCUACGGCCAACACAUAUCUGGCUCAGGUCAGUCUUCUAGUUGUGGCCAGCAUGGAUCUGGCUUAGGUCAGUCUUCUAGCUACAGCCAACAUGAGUCUGGCUCAGGUCAGUCUUCUGGCUUUAGUCAGUGUGUAUCUGGCUCUGGUCAACCCUCCAGCUAUGGACAACGUGGUUCUACAUCAGGACAGUCAUCAAGCGGCAGCCAGCAUAGAUCUAGCUCAGGUCAGUCUUCCAGCUAUGGCCAACAUAGGUCUGGAUCAAGCCAGUCUUCUAGCCACAGAUCUGGCUCUGGCCGGUCCUCCCAACAUGGCCAGCAUGGGUCUGGAUCAGGUCAGUCUUCUGGCUUUGGGCAACAUGGGUCUGGAUCAGGUCAGUCUUCUGGCCUUGGGCAACAUGGGUCUAGCUCAGGAGAGUCUUCUGGCUUUGAGCAUGGAUCUGGCUUAGGUCAAUCAUCAAGCUCUGGACAGCAUGAGUCUGGAUAUGGUCAAUCCUCUAGCUAUGGACAACAUGGUCCUAUUUCAGGACAGUCAUCAAGCUAUAGUCAGCAUGCAUCUGGAUCAGGUCAGUCUUCCAGCUAUGGCCAACACAGAUCUGGCUCAAGUCGAUCUUCUAGCCAUAGUCGAUAUGGGUCUGGCUCAGGUCAGUCUUCUAGUUAUGGCCAACAUGGCUCUGGCUCAAGUCAGUCUUGUAGCCACAGCCGACAUGGAUCUGGCUCAAGUCAAUCUUCUAGCCAUAGCCAACAUGGGUGUGGCUCAGGUCAGUCUUCUAGGCACGGCCAACAUAGCUCUGCCUCAGGUCAAUCUUCUAGCUAUGGACAACAUGGUUCUAUUUCAGGACAGUCAUCAAGCUGUGGUCAACAUGCAUCUGGGUCAGGUCAGUCUUCCAGCUAUGGCCAACACAGAUCUGGCUCAAGUCGAUCUUCUAGCCAUGGCCGACAUGGGUCUGGCUCAGGUCAGUCUUCUAGUUAUGGCCAACAUGGCUCUAGCUCAAGUCAGUCUUCUAGGCAUGGCCAACAUGGCUCUGGUUCAGGUCAAUCCUCUAGCUAUGGGCAACAUGGUUCUAUUUCAGGACAGUCAUCAAGCUGUGGUCAACAUGCAUCUGGAUCAGGUCAGUCUUCCAGCUAUGGCCAACACAGAUCUGGCUCAAGUCGAUCUUCUAGCCAUAGCCGACAUGGGUCUGGCUCAGGUCAGUCUUCUAGUUAUGGCCAACAUGGCUCUGGCUCAAGUCAGUCUUGUAGCCACAGCCGACAUGGAUCUGGCUCAAGUCAAUCUUCUAGCCAUAGCCAACAUGGGUCUGGCUCAGGUCAGUCUUCUAGGCAUGGCCAACAUAGCUCUGCCUCAGGUCAAUCUUCUAGCUAUGGACAACAUGGUUCUAUUUCAGGACAGUCCUCAAGCUGUAGUCAAUAUGCAUCUGGAUCAGGUCAUUCUUCCAGCUAUAACCAACACAGGUCUGGCUCAGGUCAGUCUUCUAGCUAUGGCCAACAUGGGUCUGGCUCAAGUCAGUCUUCUGGUCAUGGCCAAUCUGGGUCUGCAUGGAGUCAGUCUUCUCACUAUGGCCAACACAGCUCUGCCACAGGUCAGUGUUCCAGCCAGAGUCAACAGGGGUCUGGCUCAGGUCAAUGUUCUAGCUCUGAACAAUAUGGGUCUGGUUCACGUCACUCAUCUAUCUCUGGUCAAUGUGGUUCUGGAUCAAGUCAGUAUUCUGGCACUGAGCAGUAUGGGUCUGGUCCAUGUCACUCAUCUAGCUCUGGACAAUGUGGUUCUGGAUCUGGUCAGCAACAUGAAUUAAAAGGGAGAUGUAGUUCAAGUUCAAGUGGAACUCAUGAUGAGUAUAGUAGGUCCAAAAUAGGCUCAACUCCCAAUCAAUCAAGAAGAAAUAGCCAGGAAUGGUCAGGGUACAGCCAAAAAGAAAGAAGUAGGAGUUACAGCCCAUCAGGUAGUGAGCCUGAUAGAUAUGAGAGUAUUCACAGACAGUCAAGAACAUGUAGGCAACAAAGCCAAGGAUGGAGCCAGGGUCAGCAGGAAUCUGGCUGUAGCUAUUCAAAUUGUAAAGAAGGGCAAUCACGAAGCAGUUAUAGACAAGCAGAAAGCUCCUCAAAUUGUGGUUCUGGACAAUUUACUCCUUCCUGUGAACAGUCUAGAUCCAACACUACCAAUACAUUGUUAAUUUGCAAGGAGGAUAAUAGACAAGGUGGCUAUUAUGAUCAGAGAGAAGGGAGUAACUAUAGAGGGGGAAGUAUUGGCUCAAGUUCCUACAAUUUCCGAAGUAGCACUCCACUCUAUGACUAUGUCCAAGAGCAGAGGGGCUAAUUCUAGGGAUGAAUAAUAAAUAGAAUUGAAAUUAACUCAAGCAGCAAUAUAAGAAAUAAGUAACUGUUACAGGCAAGCAAUUCAUUAUAAAACUUAUUUCUAAAAGUGGAUGUAUCUAUUUCUAUCUUUUUCUUUUAAACAUGUAACUACGCUAAUCUGUGUUAUUGGGUUCCUUCCAAAGAAUGUAGGGUAUGUGGGCUAUUUUGUUAGGAAAUACUGAGUUAAAUAAAUACUGUGUGGGACUAAAUUUAGAAGAAUAAUGCAAAGUAUUUAAGGAGCUUGGGGUUUAGUUGCGUCUUUUUGAGAGCUCAUCUUUGUACGAUGUCAAAGCUAAACUUGCAUCUCUAAAGAGUGAAAAAUUAUAAAUGCAUUACCAGUUCUGAAGCCAAAAUUUCUCUUACAGCAACAUGGACCAUAAUUUUUGGUCUGCCCCACAUUAGAUGGUGGCAGAAAGGAGGAUGCCCUAAAAUCAAAGAUACCACGUUGGUAGUUUCUUUGCGUAUCAAAACCACCAAGCCCCUAUUCUUAGGUGCAUCUAUGAUUCCACUUACAUGAAACUUACUAAAUAUAAAAAUAGAAAGUUGAUCAGUGGUUGACUAGGGCUAAUAGAACUUAAGAACCUAUGAAUUGGCUGGAAAGAGGAACAUAAGGGAACUGUCUUGAGUGAUGGAAUUAUUCUACACGGAGAUACGUUUUUGUCAAAACUCAUAGAAUUGCAUACUUAAAAUUGGUGUAUUUUAUCAUUUGUAAAUUAUACCUCAAUAAAGUUAAUUUUAUUUAAAGUCUCCACAAGGCUUUUUGUGAAGCUUCACACACUAAUUCUAAAAGUUAUAUACAAGAGCAAAGAGGGGCUGGCCCCGUGGCCAAGUGGUUAAGUUCA